AUGAAUCUGCUUCUUCCACUUUUAAUUUGCAUCACAGCAAUCAUCUUUGGCUACCCAUCGCUCAAAGAAACACUCCUCAGCUAUACCCCACUGAGCUUAUCCGAGUACUUCAAAGAACCGGCUCAACUAGUGCCAACCUCCAACUCAACCUUCCCACCCCCAAUUCCAAUUAUCGUCAACCCCGUCACAGAGAUGUCCGUUCCACGUGCAAUCCGCCAGGUUUUCCUUGCCAUUGAGCAAUCUGAAGGCGCAGGCGCUCGCGUUCGCCGCUCAAUUGGCACAGCCAAGCUGCGCAACUUCAGUCCCUUCCUCAUGCUCGACCACUUCACUAUCGGUAAAGGUGCCGGAUUCCCAGACCACCCCCACCGCGGCCAGGAGACCAUCACAUAUCUCCUCUCUGGCGGCGUAGACCACGAAGACUUCGCGGGGAACAAGGGCACCAUUGGACCCGGAGAUCUACAGUUCAUGACCGCCGGCAGAGGAAUCAUGCACGCGGAGAUGCCCCACGAGAACGAAGACGGAAGUCCCAACGUGGGCAUGCAAUUGUGGGUGGAUCUGCCCCAAAAAUUGAAGUUCUGCGAGCCGCGCUAUCGCGAUCUGCGCGCGACUGAAAUCCCCGUUGCCAAUGUGGAUGACGGCCGUGUCGAGGUCAAAGUUAUUUCUGGACAGUCGCACGGUGUCGAUUCGGUCAGGGAUCUGGCCUAUACUCCAGUCUGGAUUUUGGAUAUCACCAUUAAGCCUGGUGGUCGGAUUUCGCAGCCUCUUCCGAAGGGGUGGAACUCCUUUGCCUACACCCUGGCUGGCGAGACGGUCUUUGGCUCGAGUGAUUCUACUCGCAUUGUGAAGGAAUUCCACAACGUGGAGUUCCAGCAGGACGGAGAUUUCGUCGAGCUUUCCGUGCCGGACAAUGCGGAGAAGGAUGCGCGCGUUUUCCUGGUUGCGGGCCAGCCGCUGGAUCAGAAGGUCGUGCAGUACGGUCCGUUUGUGCUCAACACCCAGGAGGAAGUUUACCAGGCUAUGCUUGACUACCAGACUGCAUCCAACGGGUUCGAGCGCACGCGCAACUGGCAGAGUGAGAUUGGAAAGCGCAUGGGCUGA